AUGGAUUAUUAUAACAGGGGAGAAUACGACAAGGCGUUUCUGCAUCUUAAAAAAGCAGCUGUUAGUAAUUAUGCCGAGUCUCAAUUUCAUUUGGGAGAAAUGUAUGAUACGGGUUUUUUUGUUCAACGUGACGAAGUGGAGGCUCUACGUUGGUACAGUACAUCUCUCAAUAACGGAUUUUCAGCUGCCCGUUUUAAAAUUGGCUUGAUAUAUCUUAGUAAAACAGGGUGCUAUAUCAAACCCAAUUAUGAAAAAGCAGUUAGUAUUUUGAGUGACGUUACGGGUGAAAAUGAUAACGAGUCCUGUCACUAUAUCGCUACCAUGUAUACAGAAGGUGGAUUUGGAAUCCAGAAGGAUUUUUACAGGGCUAAAAUGUGGUAUCAAAAAUUCAAGUAUGAUCCUCGACCAAUUUUUUUCGGGGCUAAGUGGAGGUCACAACAAAAUUUGUACAUGUUUUGGAAGGUUGGUCAUGAUAAUCUUGGCAUGAUUUUUUUUAAAGGUGGUUAUGGCAUCGAAAAAGAUUACCAGAUUGCUUCUUCUUAUUGGUCACAAAACAGUGAUGAUAAAUCGUAUGCUUUCAUGGGGAUAUUAUAUGCUUUACGCGACGAUGGCGAACAAGAUUUUAUCAAGGCUAUGUCAUGGUUUCAAUUAACCAAUCGUAGUGUUCGGACAGUAUAUGAUGUAUCGAUUGGAAUUUUUUACGAGAAAGGGUUAGGAGUCGAGCAAAAUUAUAGCGAAGCCAUUGUAUAUUACAAUAAUGCUUGCGAAGGAAAAGUCGCACAAGGUUUUGUUAGUAUGGGUUUGCUUUAUCAAAAUGGUCUUGGUAAACCACAAGAUUUCACGAAAUCACACGAAUUAUACGAAACAGCUUUAAAAACUGACGACAACUAUGGAGCACACGGUGAUGCAAUGGCUUGCUUAGGAAUAUUGUAUCAGUAUGGUCUUGGAGUGACUACAUCUCAUUCCAAGGCAAUAGAAUAUUUCCAAAAGGCAGUGGAUUCAGGAAGUCUUUAUGGCUACAAUUGUAUGGGGGACGCUUAUAAAUAUGGGUGUGGUGUAGACAUAGAUUAUGGAAAGGCAUUUCAGUGGUAUUUGAAGUGUGAUGACUGUUAUGACGAUACGGUUCACUUUUGGGAGGAGGGGUUUAGACCUACUUUGCGCUUUUGUGACGAAGGGUGGCUUAAUAUCGGAAUUAUGUAUCUUAAUGGAUUGGGUACAAAUGUCAAUAAAAAGUUGGCCUUGGUGUACUUGGAGAAGGCUUUAAAAUUUGCGAAUAUGGAACCUACACCUAUGGAUUAUCACACAAGUGGAAUAGAUUAUUACAAGAAGGGAGAAUACGACAAAGCGUUUCUUCAUAUUAAAAUAGCAGCUUCCAAAAAUCAUGCCGAGUCUCAAUUUCAUUUGGGUAAAAUGUACAAUAAGGGCGUUUUUGUUGAACGCAACGAAGUGAUAGCUUUACAUUGGUUCAUUAAAUCUCUCAAUAAUGGCUUCUUGGAUGCACGUUUUAGAAUAGGCUUGAUAUAUUACAGUAAAUCAGGAAGUAUUACCAAUUACAAAAAAGCGAUUCAGAUAUUCGAAGGCGUAAUUGAUAUAUAUGAAAGAGAAUCAUUUUAUUACAUAGCUGCAAUGUACGCAGAGGGCGGCUUUGGAAUUCAGAAGGAUUUUACCAAGGCGAAAUUCUGGUGUCACAAGUUUUUGGAACAACCUUGGCAAAUUAUUCGUCGUAAUCUAGUCAUGAUUUAUUUCAAAGGUGGAUAUGGCAUCGAAAAAGAUUAUUGUUCGGCUUUAGAUUACUGGUCAAGAGAGGAUUGUAUACCUUAUGUUAUCAAUCCUGCCUACGAGUGCAUGGGUGUACUAUAUACUUUACGUGAUGAUGAUAAACACGAUUUUAGACUGGCUAUGUCACUGUUUAGAUUGUCCGUAGAAAAGGAUGAUUGUUUCGACAGUCUGGUAGCAAUUGGACUUUUUUACGAAAAAGGUAUAGGAAUCGAGCGGGAUUAUAACGAAGCCAUUAUCUGGUAUAAAUUAGCUUGCGACAAAAAUAUCACCCUUGGUUUUGUCGGUAUGGGUUUACUUUAUCAGAAUGGCUAUGGUAUAUCACAAGAUUUUGAUAAAGCAUACGAAUUAUAUGAAACUGCUCUAAAAACCGGCAAUAACAAUGGAGAACACGGUGAUGCAAUGGCUUGCCUAGGAAUAUUAUAUCAGUAUGGUCUUGGAGUGACUACAUCCCACUUCAAGGCAAUGGAGUAUUUUCAAAAGGCAGUAGAUUUAGGAAGUCUUUAUGGCUACAAUUGUAUGGGGGAUGCUUAUAAAUAUGGAUGUGGUGUGGACAUAGACUAUGAAAAGGCAUUCCAGUGGUACCUGAAAUGUGACGACUGUUAUGACGAUACGGUGCACUUUUGGGAAGAAGAGUUUAAUCUUACAUUGCGCUUUUGCGACGAAGGGUGGCUUAAUAUUGGAAUUAUGUAUCUUAACGGAUUGGGUACAGAAAUCAAUAAAAAGUUGGCCCUGGUGUACUUGGAGAAAGCUUUAAAAUUUGGUAAUACCACCGCUCAGUUUUACUUAGAUCAUAUAUACAACGUCCCAGCUUGGCCAUAUCAAUGUCCUUAA